CAUAGAUCUGGACCCUGCAGCUCAGUUGAGGAGCUGAUUGGUGACAGAGCAUGAUGGGAAACCUGUCAUGCUUCGUCUCAUGAUUUACCUGUCCUUUGGUCAGAGACUCUCAGACGUCAGCACGAGGCGGACCGGCGCUCGGGCCGGGAGCGGGAGAGCGAGGGGCUGGCUGCCUGGGGCAGGCUGGCUGCCUGGCCGCUCGGGGCACGGGGGCGCGGGGCGGGCUGGGCCAUGGACAGCGCGGCAGCCUUCGGCGCGGACAAGCAGUUCGGUCCCGGCCCCGGGCGGAUCCCGGAGCCGCCUGACAACCCGCAGGGCAGGAAAAACUUCACUGUCAGCCACCUCCUGGACCUGGAGGAAGUGGCUGCCGGCAUGAACGGGGGCAAGGAGCCCGGCGCGGAGCCGCGGGACGGCGCCAAGGGGCUGCAGGAGCCGUCGGGCGGCAGCAGCGGCAGCGAGGCGGCCCCCCAGGACAGUGAGAGUCUGAGUCCAAGCCGCGGGGCUGCCAAGCGGAAGAAGAAGCAGAGGAGGAACCGCACCACAUUCAACAGCAGCCAGCUCCAGGCUCUGGAGCGAGUCUUCGAGAGGACGCAUUACCCCGAUGCUUUCGUGCGAGAGGAGCUAGCACGGCGGGUCAACCUCAGUGAGGCCAGAGUCCAGGUGUGGUUCCAGAACCGAAGGGCCAAGUUCCGCCGCAACGAGCGGGCGAUGCUGGCCAACAGGUCCGCAUCACUCCUCAAAUCCUAUAGCCAAGACGCAGCCAUCGAACAGCCCAUGGCCCCCAGGCCGACUGCCUUGAGCCCAGAGUAUCUCUCCUGGACCACCACAUCCCCAUACAGCACCGUGCCAUCCUACAGCUCAAGCGGCACCGCGACGCCCGCCCAGGGGGUGAACAUGGCAAACAGUAUCGCCAGCUUACGCCUCAAAGCCAAAGAGUUCAGCCUGAAUCAGAGCCAUGUGCCCACGGUGAACUGACUGCACGUCCCCAGAACCGGGACAAAACACCAAUGUGCCUGCCCUAGGCGGGAGAGCAUCUUCCCGAUCACAAGAGGCCAGCUUGCCGCUCCUGUCCCAGUCUAAACCCAAACCCUUCUGACUCUCAACCAAUGCCGAGUCCGUCACCAGCAUCCCCUUCGUCUCCUGGCCCCUUUGGAAAGCAGAGCAAGUCACAAGCCCCUUUGGAAAGUGGCGUGUAAUUGUAGCCACAGACGGAGUGAACUUGGUAAGAAAGUUGCUUUCCCCACACACUCUAUAAUAAAAUACACACACACACACACACACACACAUUUCAAGGAUGAACAGACUUGCCAAGUUAACAUGAAGAUGCUUCCGAACAGGGAAGAAUCUUGGACUACAGGAUUUGACCAAUUUGGAUAGCUCAGCUGGACAGCCAAAGAGCGACUGAGUAUUAAUAUAUGGAGAUAUACCUAUCUCAUAGAACUGGAAGGGACCUUGAAAGGUCAUCGAGUCCAGCCCCCUGCCUUCACUAGCAGGGCCAGUAUCCUCCUACGCUGGGGACGUCCCGCUGGUCUUUGUUGGGAGGAUCACUACGUUGUAUUAUGUCAAUUAUAUAGUCUCUUUUCCUUUGGUUGUCACUCAAACUUGACUGUUCAGCCAUUGCAUUUGUAGCCGACUCACAUUAUACGACAGCAGUUCCAAGGCUGACAACUUUGCUCAUAUAUUUUUGUGUCACCAGACUGCAAUGCUUGAGAGAGAAAGACUUUUACAAGUGGGACUGCCCACCCCUGCUGUAUAUAUUCAUUACCGUAACCCUGCAUUGUGCUUUGUACAUUUAGGAGUAGCCAGCUGCCCAUGCCAAUGUAAGAUAUGUUACCGACUUUUUUUUUUUUGGAAACCAUUAGUCAAAGGCGAAGCUGAUGGUUUGAGUGCUCAGGAGAACUCACUCCAGCUAGCUGACGGGACUUUGCAGCUUUCCAAAAGUUGAUGUUUGCUCUGCACUUUGUGGUUAAGUCAAUGAAUUCACAAGCAAGUCUGAAGGGGCCUCGGGUCAUUGAACUGUCCUGGGGGGAAAAAAAAGGCUGUGGGCUUUAGCUGAGUGCAUCGUUGUCCAAUGGCCAGGCAGGCUGCCUCCUUCGGAAACACUGCCUCUCUUGUGGAACUGCCUCCCCUGGAUGUGGUUGAUGGCCUGGCCUCGUAAAUUAAACGCCUUCCGCAGCAAGUGGCUGCCUUUCCCCAUCAUCCCACCUCUUAGCAAGCUCUUCCCUGCCGAACAGCUGAAAAUCAAAGUUACAAUGUAAGAUGUGAACAAGCAGAGCCUCAGCUGGAGGCCUCAGGGGUCUUCUCUGAGCUUUUUGUGCUGGGGCUUUAAUUAAUGGGGCUAGAGUAGGGGGCUGGCCAGGCAGCUUGGAGACAGCUUCCUUUACGUAUGCACAAGUACAGGUAUAACACAGGCAGUACAGGUUUUCCUUGGUACUGCUACACCACUGAGCCUCGCCCCUGUUCUCAUGGGGCUCCCGGUUAGGGAGGAGAAGGGAGCUCAGUUUCCAGGCUCCAGUCAAGCCCCGACCUCUCUGCUGCGUGGUGCUGGUUUUAUGAUGUGGACAAAAUACCCACUGGAAACCGGGCUGAAACUGCUUAUUCAUUUCACGUAGGCCACCAAGCAGGCACCAGCUGAAAACAGCUUUGGGUCCUGACUGACUUGCCCUGGAUUUGAACUAGUGACUUAGAAGUAAAAGGCAUCAUCUCCCUGUACCAAUCCCCCAGCCCAUUCAGUCCCCCUCUCAUUAAGGCCUGUGUCUUGCUGGGAAUUCAGUAAGGAAUGAAUGAAUGUGCUGGUAUUUUUAAGAACAAAGGCGGCUACUACUGAGACGCUCUCCUACAGAUAACGCUCUACAGUAGGGUGACCAGAUGUCCCGAUUUGAUAGGGACAAUCCCGAUUUUGGGGGCUUUUUCUUAUAUAGGCAUCUAUUACCCCCC